AUGAACUUCCCCAACAAGCAGAUUUACCAGAUGAUUAAAAACUAUCGGGAGACUGUGGAGAAAAUUCCAUUUUCUUUAAGUGAGCCUGUCAAGUUCCCCAGAAUCUGUGUAUGUGUUCGGAAGCGACCACAGAAUAAAAAAGAAUUGGCGACAAAAGAUUUAGACGUGGUGACGAUUAAUGGAAAUCGCAACCUCAUUUUCCAUCGUAUCAAACAAAAGGUUGAUCGCACCUCGUACAUGGAAAACCGUCACUUUUAUUUUAAUUAUGUUUUCAAUGAAGAUGCCACCAACGAUUUGGUCUACAGGUUCACUGCAAAACCUCUGGUACGUUCUAUAUUCGAGGGUGGAACUGCAACAUGUUUUGCAUAUGGGCAAACGGGUAGUGGGAAGACACAUACAAUGGGUGGAGACUUGUCAGGCAAGGCUAAGAAAAGAUAUGAGGGAAUCUAUGCCCUGGCAGCACAGGAUGUGUUCGCACAUCUGGGACAGCAUUCUGCCCUGCGCUUAUAUGUGACCUUUUUUGAAAUUUACAACGACAAGGUCUUUGACUUGCUAAACGAAAAGGCAAAGCUGCGUGUACUUCAAGACAGAAAACAGCAGGUACAGGUUGUUGGCCUGCAGGAAAUACCUGUGUCAUCUGCUGACAAUAUGAUCAGGUUGAUUGAGCAGGGGAGUGCACGCAGAACAUCUGGCUGGACUUUUGCAAAUGCCCGCUCUUCCCGUUCCCACGCCAUCCUGCAGAUUAUUUUAAGGCGAAAUAAAAUGCUUCAUGGGAAGUUCUCGCUGGUGGACCUGGCAGGGGAUGAGCGGGCCACAGAUGUCAGCAAAGAUGACUGGCAGACUACAACAAAUAUAAAUCGCAGUCUUCUUGCAUUGAGGGAAUGCAUUCGAUCACUUGGGGAGAAGAGACAGCACGUUCCUUUCCGGAGGAGUAAGCUGACUCAGGUGCUCCGGGACUCCUUAAUUGGAGAAAAGUCCAGAAUGUGCAUGAUCGCCAUGAUCUCGCCGGGUUUGAGCUCUGGUGAACGCACUUUAAACACAUUGCGUUUCGCAGACAGGGUGAAGAAGCAGAACGGAAAUCUCUAA